AUGGGCAGCAAUAAGACUGCCGUCACGGAUUUCUUUCUGCUUGGACUUCAGCAGUACAAUAACCAGAAAUUCCUUGUGUUCUUUGUGCUGCUCAUCAUGUACGUUACAACUUUAACUGGGGAUCUGAUGAUUAUUCUUCUGGUGUCGACGAGCCAACGGCUCCAGUCCCCAAUGUACUACUUCCUCAAGCACCUGUCCAUGUCGGAAAUCAUGUUUACUACUAAUAUUAUCCCUAACAUGCUCUAUAUCAUAUUGAAGGAAGGAAGAUUCAUGUCGAUUGUCUGUUGCUUCAUCCAGUUCUACAUAUUCAUCGCUUCAGGUAGCGUAGAGUCUCUUCUUCUCACCAUUAUGUCGUACGAUCGGUACUUGGCCAUCUGCAACCCAUUGCGCUACUCCUACCUGAUGAACCUCUCCAUAUGUCGGACUUUGGUAUCAUGUUCUUGGUUGUUGUGUUUCAUGCUCGUGUUGGUAACUGUAAUAUUAUUAGGCCAAUUGCAGUUUUGCUUCUCCAAUAUCAUCGAUCAUUAUUUCUGUGACUUGGAACCAAUUCUGGAACUCUCUUGCUCAGACACCUCGCUUGUGAGAACGGAAGUUCUAGUGCUUUCCAUUCCUACAGUAAUUGUAGCCUUUACAUUCAUUAUCAUCACUUACAUAUGUAUCUUCUACACUGUUCUUAGAAUCACCUCCUCUGCGGGCCGACACAAGGCCUUCUCCACCUGCAGUGCCCACCUCACCUCCGUAUGCUCCUACUAUGGCCCUCUCAUCAUCAUUUAUGUUGUACCAUAUCGAGGAAGCUUACUAAAUGCAAACAAGUUAUUAUCAUUACUGUAUACAGUUGUCACGCCAUUAAUUAAUCCAAUUAUCUACAGCCUGAGGAACCAGGAAAUUAGAGAAGUUCUGGCUACAUUUUGGAACACCAAAAGGAAACAUUGA